AAAGGCCCUCUUGCCCUUCUUCUUUCUCGGAACCCCCUCUCCUUCGUGUUCCUCGAGUUUUCCUGUUUUCAUUCCUCGACGGUCGCUCCCGUUGGAUUCGAGGAAGGAGUUGCCCUGCGCAUUCUUUCUUCGUUUUCUUGUCGCUCCUUUCUUGACAUCGUUUUCUUGCUCGAUAUUUGCGCGUUUCCGCUGCAGCCGACAUUCUCUCGCCGAGAGAUCACUGCCUUCGCUUAGCAUACAUACACCGCCUCUUUCCCCAUACUGACCACUCCUUCCUGAAAAUUCACUAUGCUUAUUCACUCGGCGCUCCUGGCGCUCGGCGCAACCCUCGCCGCAGCUGUCCAGCCCCUCGAGGUUCAGGGCCAGUACUUCGUCAACCCCAAGACGGGCAACCGCUUCCAGAUUGUCGGCGUUGCCUAUCAGCCCGGCGGCUCUGCUGGCUACGACAAGGCGGCCGGCCGUGACCCCCUGAGCGACCCCGAUAUCUGCCUGCGCGAUGCCGCCCUGCUCCAGAUCCUCGGCGUCAAUACCAUCCGCGUCUACAAUGUGAAUCCCGACGUGAACCAUGACGAGUGCGCCAGCAUCUUCAACGCCGCCGGCAUGUACAUGAUCCUCGACGUCAACUCGCCCCUGGUGGGCGAGUCCCUGACUAGCUACAACCCCUGGGAGUCGUACUAUGCCGCCUAUCUCAACCGCACCUUCGCCGUCGUCGAGGCCUUCAAGGACUAUCCCAACACCCUGGCCUUCUUCUCCGGUAACGAGGUCAUCAAUGACGAGAAGAGCGGCGCUGAUGUGCCGCCCUAUAUGCGUGCCGUCACCCGCGACAUCAAGAACUACGUCAAGAACCACGCCUCGCGUCCCAUCCCGGUCGGCUACUCCGCCGCUGACGUCCGCGACAUCCUCUUCGACACGUUCAACUACUUCGAGUGCUCGCUGGAGGGCGACGAUGACGACAUGAGCAAGGGCGACAUCUUUGCCCUCAACAGCUACAGCUGGUGCGGCGACAGCAGCUUCAAGAAGGCCAGCUACGACCAGCUCGUCAGCGGCUUCAAGGGCAGCUCUGUCCCCAUCUUCUUCUCGGAAUAUGGCUGCAACACCCCCUCUCCCCGUAUCUUCACCGAGGUCGGCACCAUCUACGGCGACCAGAUGACGGGCGUCUUCUCGGGCGGCGUCGUCUACGAGUACACCCAGGAGAAGAACAACUACGGCCUGGUCUCGAUGGAGGACGACGGCUCCGCCCAGCUCAGGAGCGACUACGUCUCGCUCGAGAAGCAGUACAGCAAGCUCGACUUUGCCUCCAUCCAGGGCCAGAAGCCCCCCUCGGACUCGACCAACAAGGCCCCCGUCUGCAGCUCCAAGCUCAUCACCACCGAUAACUUCAACAACAACUUCACCCUCCCCGUCCCGCCCCCCGGCGCCCAGAAGAUCAUUGACGAGGGCGUCAAGCCCGCCCCCAAGGGCAAGCUCGUCGAGAUCUCCAACUGGAAGGUCAAGUUCACCGUCAAGAACCCCGACGGCUCCGUCAUCACCAACCUCGCCGUCAAGCCGCUUGAAGACGACGCGAUCAACAGCCCCGGUACCAACACUGAGGCCGGCACUCAGACCUCCGCUGAGGAGACCACUGGCACCGACAGCUCGGCGUCCCCCAGCGACACCAACGCCGCCGCCGGGCUGGAUGCUCGUGUCCUGCCUGCCGUGGCCAUGGGCGCUCUUGCCCUCGCUGCUGCCGCUGCCUUCUAAGCUGAGAUUGUGCAGCCUUGGUUUGGUCGGCUGGUGGCAUACUGACAAAAAUAUUAGACGUGAUAAUGGGAGUUUAAGUGUGUGGUAUAAUUCAUUGCUGUAUUUAGCAAGAGAGCAUGCAGUAAGGGGAGAGAAAGAGAGGAAGAGAAAAAGAGAGAGAGAGAUAGACGCAGUCUCUGGAAACGACAGGGCUCUUGCAUGUCGUCGUUGGCCUUACUGGGUUGUCUUCCUUUUUCUGCAUCAUGCCGUUCCGAGUUGGUCAUGUUUGAUAUGAUACCACUCUGUUUGUAAUUCUCU